CAAGACUUCCAACAAACAAAACUAACCAAUCUUCUUAAUUAAGAUUAAGAUCUUAAUUAAGACGCUUAAGUUAAUAACAAAAACAAAGAAAAGAAAAAUGGAAGCCAUGGGAGAAUGGAGCAACAACCUCGGAGGAAUGUACACCUAUGCAACCGAAGAAGCCGAUUUCAUGAACCAGCUCCUCGCCUCCUACGACCAUCCUGGCACCGGCUCAUCCUCUGACACAACCGGUGGAGACCACCAAGGAGUGUAUUGGAACCUUGGUUCACAUCACAACCACCUUACCCUCAUGCCUGAAGGUGCUAGAUUCUGUUUCUCUCAGGAGAGCAGCAGCUACAGCGCUGGGAACAGCGGAUACUACGCGGUGGUCCCACCCGCGGUUGAAGAGAACAACAAUGGGACAAUGGACUUUGGGAUGGAAGAUGUGACCAUCAACACAAACUCUUACCUUGUUGGUGAGGAGACAAGUGAGUGUGACGUUGAGAAAUACUCAUCUGGAAAGAAUGUUUUGCCCUUGGAAACUGUCAUGGAGAACCACGAUGAUGAGGAGAGCAUGAUGCAGUCUGAGAUCUCUGUGACUACUACUGAUCAUCAGAAAUCUAUAACCGGUUCCAAGAAGAGAUCGCGUGUCACAUCCGCUGAUAAAAACAAGAGAGCAAGAGCGGGUAAGAGAGGACAGAAGAGCAUAGAGAUGAGUGGUGAUAACAACAACGGAGAAGAAGAGGAAGAAGGAGAGAAGGUGAAGAAAAGAAAGAAUGGGGCAAUGAUGAGCAGACAGAACUCGAGCACCACUUUCUGUUCCGAGGAAGAAUCAAAUUGCGCUUCUCAAGACGGAGGAGGAGAAGAUGAUGAAGAUGCCUCCAAGGCUCUCAACCUCAACGGCAAGACCAGGGCCAGUCGUGGUGCUGCCACCGACCCUCAAAGCCUUUACGCAAGGAAAAGAAGAGAAAGAAUAAACGAGAGGCUAAGGAUUUUGCAAAACCUCGUCCCUAAUGGAACAAAGGUCGAUAUCAGUACAAUGCUUGAGGAAGCCGUUCAUUACGUCAAAUUUUUGCAGCUCCAAAUUAAGUUAUUAAGCUCUGAUGAUCUAUGGAUGUAUGCGCCGAUUGCUUUCAACGGAAUGGACAUUGGCCUCAACUCACCGAGAUGAUACAAUUUUAGUUAAUUUUUUUUUUCAUAUAUAUAACCAAAAUUCAAAAAUGUAAUAUUCUUUUUUCCUUUUUUUUUAUAUAUUCCGCCUUCGGACGAGUUCGAUUAUAAUUUCUCGUACGAUGUUCAAUAUGAGAGAAAUGGAGAUUUUUUUAUAUCACAUUCCAAUUCUUAACUAUAUUCCAUCUCUUCAAUAAAAUUUUGAGCCAUUGUUUUAUUUCUUUGGAUGUUGAUGUUUCUUG